AUGAGUUUGGUCAAAACCUUGGGAUUUGUUUCUCCAAAGCGUUUCAUUGAAUCCGAGAAUCUUGGUUGGCACGCCCUACCGUUCGACGAUCCAGCCACCACCGAAAACUAUGAGGGUCAACACAAUCUUGUAUUCGGGCUGGUUCAACGGGAAGAUAUACCCAGCACACCUUCAGACGUCUUUGGCCAUAAGUGGACAUGUAAAGUGGUCGACAUCGAUGUGGACAAUGUUUCACGCUAUCCUUGGGACGGUCAAUCCCUCUUCUCAGCGAUGUGGCAUCGUGCUUAUGACUCCAUUCCAAUGGAAGUCUGUGCUCUCGAGCCUGAGGAUAACGCCAUGGGUGAUCACUUUCGAUUUGCUCAGAUGUUAGGACACGCCUCCAGCCUGCUCAAAAAAUUCAAGAAAGUGAUUGUCCAGAAUGUAGUUUUGCGUAAGAAAUUCGAGACCAACCACCUGGGCGAGCAAAUGAUACGUUGGUAUAACUUGCGUGAGAGCUUGCAUGGAGGCGAACCUAAAUACAUCACAUCUGAUUGUGAGUUCGCCCCCCGCAACAAAGCCAACAGUUUCCUUGGCUGCCUUUUCGAAUGCUUUACGCACUGGACCUAUGAAUAUCACGGCCGACAAGCACUAGUCUGUGGGUUCCGGGGUGUCAAUGGCGUUAUUACUGAUGUUAACAUCAUGGAUAAUACUCAGCUUUGGUUCUUACAAAACACUUACACGGGAGGAUUGCAGCUAUUCUCCUCUACUCAUGUCUGUGGUGCCAUGUGUGAUUCCAUCGGGUUAAUCAGGCCACCUCAUUAUUACCCCGUGGGCCUACCUCCUGUUAACCCUCAAGGUUAA